AUGCCCUCGCCAAAAGUUCAUUGUAAAGUUUCUCGCUGGUCGUCGUGGAGACCAUGCUCGGUCACUUGUGGUAUUGGAGUUCAGCUUAGGGGUCGCGCAGUAAUCCAAGAGCCAAAGAAUGAUGGGAUUCCUUGUCCUCAGCUGGUAGAGUCAAGGGUCUGCAGCAAGCUUCCCACAUGUCUUGACAAACGCGUAGAUAAACCUGUCAUGGCCAAACCAGUCAACUGCAAACUGUCCCCUUGGUCUCCUUGGAGUGAAUGUCGCGGUUCAUGUAACAGAGGUGGACGAUUUCGCUCGCGCACAAUUCUACAAAAAGCAAAACAUGGUGGGAAUCCAUGCCCAGACUUCAACUCUCUUAUCAAAUGGAGGCGGUGUAAGCUGACAAAUUGCCCGCCAGAGAAAAAUAACGACUGCUUAGUAACAGGCUGGUCACCGUGGUCAGAAUGUUCUAAAAAGUGUAACAGAGGAAGAAAAUUUCGAGUAAGGAAGAUCAUUAGAAGUGAAAAGAAUGGUGGAGCAGGUUGUCCGACAAAACUCAAGGAAAGGAGAAAGUGUGUUCCUGUCAAGUGUCCUGCGUGAAAGCGAUCGAGGACUUUGAAAAAUGAGAAAAGAAACUUGGUCGAGCUUGCAAGAAGUCCAAUGGUACUGCAUGUAGAAAGGAUUCGCACAAACUACUGUUAAUGGUGGAAGAAAUGCUCAAGACAAGCUUGUAUAAAAUUAUUUAUUAAGAUUUCAAACAGAUGAUAGGUCAGCUAUCCUCAUAAAAAUGUUUAUUUGUGCUAUCGACCAUAAUCUAAGUCUACCACUCACCACAAGCGCGAGCGCGAAGUCCAGGAACUGAUGUUAAAAGUUUGGGAAUCAUGCAACUUGUGCACAAACUGGACGAUAGCAGCAAGGUUACGGAAUCCACCAAGGUGAUUGUUGAAUUUGAACAAUGCAGGGAAAGACGAUAAAGAUGGAAAACUGUGCUCAUUGGCCAUUUUUGCAGUCGCUUCAUCUUUGCCUUUUCCUUUGAUACACCAUCGCGAACUGGCUUUGCUUUAAAUUGUUUAGUGAACAGAAAAGAUGCGUCUCAGAUUUCCUUGGCAUCAUUUCAGUGUAAAGUCUUGAAUUGCAUUAUCCAAUGAUCCAGUUUUUAAUAAAUAUAUAUAUAUA